CAGCUACAAAUCAGCAGUCACACACCAUGCAUCUUGAUCACAAAAUACCAUGGAACACAGCAGCCACACAUCUAAACCUCAUCAAAUGCAAUCCACGAUUCACACCUCGACGCACCGACUUCUUCGCCCGCAAUAAGCCCACCGAGUCAUCGGACCUUAAUUAUUUCCGCCGGAUCCUUACCAAGACGAUCCGCGAAUUCUCAUGUACCGAAGAAUCCAAACUACUUGAUCCUGUUCCUUUGGGAAACCUUCUCUCUGAUAAUCUGCUAUGCUACCCCGAACAUCAGUUCGACCUCGGCUCGCACAGAACAAACUCAGUCUUGCAUAACCCCCUAUCCACCAAGCAUCGAGACAUCAAAUACUGGAUCAACAGGGCUAGCUCUAGUGACGAUAAUUACCCCAUAAGCUACUCCAGCGCAGAUGGCGAUCUAGCGCCUGGGAAAAAGCAUGACUCAACGUCGAAGCAAAUAUCAAAAGAAGCUAUUUCUGUUCUGUUAACGCUUUCGCGCCAUCCUCAGAUCCCUUUGCAUACCCUUGCGGGUAUACACUGGGGCCAUGCAUUUGGGGUUGAGCUGGUUGCAGAGACAGCGUUGGCAGUUUAUAUCAUGAUUAAUCUGAUGGAUGAUGAAGUAGCUUCAUUGUUGGAAACACAAACUUUCCAGUACUGGGCGAGACAUGCUCUUGCAGACUAUGAUUUUCCAAUGCAGAAUAUCCCGCAUCGCAGGUUUUGGAACCACUUUGGGGUUACGGAUAUGUGCGCUUCUCAGCAACAGUGUAAAGAGGUGGUUAGCGUGUCCGUGGAAGAUGGAGGUAUGACUGACCCGUUAAAGGGGGAGAGUGAAGAUGUUAGACUGCGUUUACAGGACUAUCUGAAAGCCUGUUUUGCUAUAUUGUACAUAUAUGACAUGUUACUGCGGGAAUGGUACGGAGAGGAGGAAGCUGACGAGAAGUGGAGAUACUGGAUUGGCUGCCACUUUGAGUCUUGGGGGUGCAAGAUAUAG